CCCUAGAAACAGUCUUUCCAAUUAGGGUUUAAGAACUAAACCAUCCCCAAACGAAUUCCCCUCAGCACCGUAUAUAAGUUUGUAGUUCCUUUUCAAUAUAGAUAUGGAAUUUCAAUUUUUUCUCACGAACCUUUUGUUAGCUCUCGAGAUCCUUAAUCUUUCCUCUCUCGGAGAUGGUUGGGUUUAUAGAUGAACAGAUUGAAGAAGACGCUAUUCAAUCCCCAAAGAUCAACACUUUGAAGGAUUCCCUUGGCGCUGUCGAUCUCAAAGUCUUCGAUUUAUCGUUCUCGGAUACUUUUCUUGAUUUUGAUUUAAUGGACGAUUGGUUUCAAGAUUACCUAAACCCUGAUUGGGCUAAUUCAGGGGAUGCUGAGGUAGCGGUUGAAGAGAAGAUAAUACCGAUGGUUGAAGGUGGCUCUUUUGGGGAAACUCGUUUUGAAGGCGCGGUUGCUAAGGGGUCCCAACCCAAUUUAGUUGGGUCCAAGCAAAAUGAGGUGGGUGUGUCUAGUCUCGCAGUGAAAUCGGAACUGGAACCGGAUGAGUUUGCAACCGAACGGACUUCGAGUUACUGUAUCGCGGAUGAGAUGGGCAAGGUUAAAACUGUUGAUAAAACUGUUGUUAGUGAAGCAGCCAGUGAUGUGGGUAAGAGGAAGGGCGAUGACGAGGGUGAAAGUAUUUCUGAAACAGAGAGUGAAAGUUCUUCAUCUUCUAGUAGUAGCAGCAAAGAUGGUGAUGAUGAGGAAAGUUCUUCAGCUUCUAGUAGUAGUGACGAUGGUGAUGAUGAGGACGUUGACAUCUGCGGCGAUGAGGAAGAAGAGGGGAAGAAGGAAAUGAAUGUACAGGUGAAAGCAGUAAAUGAAGUCCAGGAGUUAGAAGAAGGUGAGAUAAGUGGGGAUGAUGGAGAGAGGACGUUUGGUGGGACAGACGAUGAGGAGGAUCAGUUGGUAAAUGGUGACAAAGAUGGAAAGGAUAUGGUUUCUUGGAGUGAUGUUGAAUUCGAUGACGCCGAGGAUGGUGGAGCUGCAUCAGGACCUAUCAGGUCAAAGAAUGAGCUUCAGGAUCUACCUCCGGUUCCUGCAGUGGAAGUUUCCCUGCAACAACAUCAUCAGCUACUGCCUGUCGGUGUUGUUUUGUCAAUGAUGGGUGCCAAAGUUAUCAUAGAAGGAGUGGAAAAGCACAACCCUCUUGAUGAGGGCUCUAUCCUCUGGGUGACUGAAAGCAGAUCCCCACUGGGACUAGUUGAUGAAAUCUUCGGACCUGUCAAAAAUCCUUACUACGUCGUAAGAUACAAUUCUGAAAGUGAAGUUCCUGCGGGGAUCCAUGAAGGCUCUUUGAUUUCUUUUGUUCAGGAUUUUGCCAACCAUGUUCUUAAUGACAAGAAUCUCUACAAGAAAGGGUAUGAUGCAUCUGGUGACAAUGAUGAAGAGUUGUCCGUAGAUGAGGAAUUUUCGGAUGAUGAAAAAGAAGCCGAGUACAAGAGAAGGCUAAAAACGAGCAAGAGGGGCAUGGCCCGCAUGGAUGACCAGAAACUUAGAAACAAGAAAAAUGAUAAAAGGAAGCUUAAAAACAGGGAAGGGACCUGGAAACCUAAUAUGGCCUCAGGGCAGAAUACACCAAUGGGUAAGGAUCACUUGCCACCCAAUCAAAACCAGAAUCAAAUAUUGCCUGUUGCUGCAUCAACAAAUCAAGGUAAUUGUUCAUCAUCAUCGGCCAUCAGACAAGAUUUUCCUAACUCGAUGAGCUGGGUCCCUUCAUUUCAACAAAUGGCACAGACUACAGCUGGUUUCCCGCCUUCAAAUGGAAUGUGGAUGAAUGGGAUGCCUUUUCAGCAGCCACAAAGCGCAAUUGUACCUGUGGGGUUUCCACCUCAUUUUAUGCCGUGGCCUGUGCAAAAUCAUCUUCAGCACCCACAUCAGAUGCCUUUUACAAAUCAGAUGCCAUUUCAGCAGCCAUUUAAUCCCAUUCCUGGGUCACUUCCAAACUUUGGAUUACCAGGCGGGCAGCCAAAUAUGUUUCCAGGACCGGUAAGCAAUACACGUCCCGGGCUUGUAAGGCAAAAUGGCUUCAUCCAAACUGGAUUAGGGAUGUCUUUUCAUGGCCAACUUACUGGCCCAGGCCCCAAUGUAGGAGAGCUAGGAAAUUUGUCGAACGGAUUAAAUGUAGAACAAAACCCCACUUCGCAGCCAUCAGGUAUUCCUCCAGCUAGUACUCAAACUGCCCAGCAAUUUAAUAUCGGUGCACAUUCAAGUCGCGGAAGAAGAGGGUACCGAGGGGGUGGUCGGUUUGGUGGAGGACGAGGGAGAGACCCGCGGCAAUUAAGAUGAUGGCUUGUUAGGUUUUAGUUUUCUGUAUUCAGCCUUAUUUUGGUCUUGUUUAAAGCUUUUGCAAACUGGAUUUGGUUAGUAUGCUGAAACUGUUUGUUUAUCUGCGUUCCUUCAAAUAUGCCAGACUCCUUAAGGUGGGUUCUAUUGCCCUACUUGAGGUGGUUAGUAUAUUGAAACUAUUCAGUAUGGUUUUGUAUUUCAACUGUCAUUGUCUUCACUUUCCAUAAGCUUUUUUAAUCCCUUAAUAAGAAAGUUUUUUGAUGAGAACUACGA